GGUUGUUCAUUAACGCGUGGGACAGAGUGGCUGGCAGGUACUCUCACUGAAGCGCUCACUGGUGGAUCUAUUGCCUUUGCUACUCCUUCAAACCUUUCUACUUUUAAUAUCAGAGGGCUGUCUACUUUUUUGUUAAUUUACCAUUACUUUAUCCAGAGAGUUGGUUGAGCUGACAUAAACAACUUCUUUCUAUCCCAUUUGUUCUUGUUCUACCUUAGCUCUGGUAGGUGUGUCUCCUGUGAUUGCAACUAACUUAGUGUUCAUUUGUUUUUUGUAUUUGAUGGUCUGUCCAUUGUUUUUCAUUUUAUAUUUAGCCUGUCUAAGAAUUGAAGUAGUUUACUCAAAUAGAUUUUUUUAUUUUUACAGUCCCGCUUUUUAAAACAAUCUUUUUUCUUAUUUCUAUUUCUAACUUUUCUAACUUUUUGGUUUGGAGUGGCCUGUAACCCUUAAGGGUGUGUCUUUAAAGAUGUUAAGAAUUUCUACAUCGGGAUUUAGAUAGUGGAGUCUUUUUUACAGUAUUUUUUAAAAUCCUGUUCUAUACAGCAUCAAAAUGCAGAAUUCACAUUGUUUUCUUUGCGUGGGAGUCUUGUUUGUGGCACUUGUUGAGAGCCGAAUGCUGGACAAGUGCAUGAAAUCCAAACCCAAAUACACCAUUAACGUUGUACUUUUGGAGGAUCAAACCUCAGACUGGAGCCUCAGGUUUGUAAAGGGUGCAGUGUUGCAAGCAAUUGAAGCGGACAGGCAACUGAACAUGGCAGCAGGUUUACACACCAAUUUAACGGCCAAUUUCAAUGGGUUUAACACCACGCUGUACAAACGAAGGGGCUGUGGGAGCAGCACCUGUGAGGGAGUGGAGAUACUCAAGUCCCUGCAUACUAAAGGUGAGGUGGGAUGUGCCAUGCUGGGACCCUCCUGUACAUUUGCCACUUUCUUUAUGGUGGACAUGGAGAUAGGCCUGACCCUGACUAUCCCCAUCAUCUCCGCUGGGAGCUUCGGUCUGUCCUGUGACUACAAGGCCAACCUGUCCCGCCUGCUGCCUCCGGCACGCAAGAUCUCCAACUUCUUUGUCCACUUCUGGAACUUCACCAGACAUGGUCUGAAGAUGCACUGGGGGAGGGCUUAUGUCUACAAGAAGGCAGACCAAACUGAAGACUGUUUUUGGUACAUCAAUGCGCUGGAGGCACCCUCGGUCCAAUUUGCUAUGUCAAUCUCAAGAGAGAUGCUACGCAGCAAGAAAGAGCUAAAGAAAGCUAUUCAGUCUGAAAACAGACACAGCAACGUAUUUAUUCUCUGUGGAACCCCAGAUGACAUCACCACUAUAAAGAACGAAACAACGAUUCCCCCAGAAAUUGUCUUCAUCCUCAUCGAUAUCUAUAACCAUGGGUAUCACACUAACAUGACUGCCAACCCAAGCAUGGACAAUGUUCUGGUGCUCACCUUGCCUGAGAGACAAUACAACAACACAUUAGUUUACAACAGCACGAAGUUAAAUGACUAUGUGGCGGGGUACCAUGACGGUGUGUUGCUCUUUGGCCAUGUGCUGAGGCAGAGGUUGACCAGUGAGCUGAGAGGCAGAGCAACACAGUCCACCACCACAGAGCUCCCCGAUGUAAACCCCUUCAGGAAUGUCUCUUUUCAAGGUAUGGGGGGACACUACGUGCUGGAUGAGAAUGGGGACAGGGACGUGAACUUCUCUGUGAUUUACACAUCCACCAUCGAUAAACAGUACAAAACCCUGUUUGUGUUUGAUACUUCCAUAAAUGAGACCAGAGUGGAGGACAACACCCCCUCACUGCCCUGGCCCGGGUCCCAACUGCCAGAUGACAAGCCAAUCAACCCUAACGAUCUGAAGACAAAGGAUAUCAUUGUGAUCGUCCUGAGUGUCAGUGUUGUGGUGGUGACUGCCAUCGCUCUGAUCUUCUACAGGCAGAACAUGAAGGAACGUCAAAACCAAAAGAGGUGGUCCCACAUCAGCCAAGACCUGAUUAGUCCACUGGAUGGGAAAGAGUUAAGCCUGGUCUCACUGAAGAUCGAUGAAGACAACAGGAAGGACAGCUGUUACCAGAUUCACAGGGCUCGCUAUGACAAAAAGCCCGUGAUCCUGAAGGAGCUGCAACACACAGAUGGUAACUUCAGUGAGAUCCAGAGGAUUGAGCUCAACACUCUCCUGCGUAUUGACUACUACAACCUGACCAAGUUCUAUGGCACGGUGAAGUUUGAGUAUGGCCUGUUUGGAGUGUUUGAAUUCUGUGAGAGGGGAUCCCUGAGGUAUGUCCUUAAUGACACAAUCUCCUAUCCUGAAAAGACCUUCAUGGACUUGGAAUUCAAGAUAUCAGUCAUGUAUGACAUAGCUAAGGGCAUGUCCUACCUCCACUCCAGCAACAUUGUGGUCCAUGGCCGACUGAAGUCCUCAAACUGUGUGGUGGACAACCGAAUGGUGGUCAAAAUCACAGACUUUGGCUGCAACACCAUCCUCAACCCCUGCAAAGACUUGUGGACGGCUCCAGAACACCUCCGGAAGCAGGGGAUCUCCCAGAAGGGCGACGUCUACAGCUUUGCCAUCAUCACUCAGGAGAUCAUACUGAGGAAGAACCCCUUCUUCACCCAGGCCUGCUCCGACAUCGCAGAGAAGCUGUACAUGGUGCAGUACCCAAGUCAAACUGGCUUCUUCAGGCCAGAUCUGAACUUUGAGACAGCAGCAGAAAAUGAGGCGGAGCUUUACAUGUUGAUAAAGAACUGCUGGGAAGAGGACCCAGAGAGAAGGCCAGACUUCAAGAAGAUAGAGGGAUCUCUGGGUAAGAUUUUCAGCAACCUGCACAACCAGGCUAAUGAGAGCUACAUGGACAACCUGAUCCGUCGGCUGCAGAUGUACUCCAGGAACCUGGAGCACCUGGUGGAGGAGAGAACCUCUCUGUACAAGGCUGAGAGGGACAGGGCUGACAGGCUCAACUUCCUGCUCCUGCCAGCCCCAGUGGUGCGUUCCCUGAAGGAGACGGGCAGUGUGGAGCCAGAGCUGUUUGAUGAGGUGACGGUCUACUUCAGCGACAUCGUGGGCUUCACCACCCUGUGCCAGUACAGCACGCCCAUGGAGGUGGUGGACAUGCUCAACGACAUCUACAAGAACUUUGACAGGAUCCUGGACCACCAUGAUGUAUACAAGGUGGAGACGAUCGGUGAUGCGUACAUGGUGGCGUCGGGGUUGCCGCGGCGCAAUGGCAACCGUCACGCAGUGGACAUCGCCCACAUGGCCCUGGACAUCCUAGCUUUCGUAGGGACCUUCCAGCUCCAACACCUACCGGGCAUACCCCUGUGGAUCCGCAUCGGGGUGCACUCAGGGCCGUGUGCGGCGGGUGUGGUGGGGAACAAGAUGCCACGUUACUGUCUGUUUGGAGACACAGUCAACACUGCCUCACGCAUGGAGUCCACAGGCCUGCCACUAAGAAUCCAUGUCAGCCAGUCUACCAUAAACAUCCUCCAACGGACAGACUGCAAGUUUGAGUAUGAGCAGAGAGGAGAGACCUUUCUGAAGGGUAAAGGCAAUGAGAUGACAUACUGGUUAACAGGGGUGACAGGGACAGAAUACAACCUGCCAAUGCCCCCGACAGCGGAGAACUUCCAGAGGCUACAGCAGGAUCUGUCUGAGAUGAUCGUGUCCAGCCUGGAGAACAGAGGGCCAGGGACCAACGGCAUGGAGAAGAGGAAGACCCUCUCCACCAGAGUCAGGAGGAGGGAGACCAAUGGGAGCCAGGAGGACGGCCUGCCAGAGUACCUGCACCUGUCCAUCACAGACAUUCCCAGCACCUACCUGUAGCCACCCAGGACCAGACUGCCUCCUGUGGGGAUACAGGGCUACUACAUGCUGUCAAAUGGUGCCAUUGAAGUCAAGUAGCCUUAUAUUCACCUGAUACAAUAGUUACAGUAAUGCCUUAUACAUAGGAAACCUGACUAUUUUCCAAUUCAUUUCUGGGUAAAAGACAUGGCUUUCUGGUUUGAGCUAAAGGUUAUUUGGGGUCACAUGAGCAAAAUGUGUGGGGACGUUCCAUAAAUAGUCUGUAACGGAGAUGCUUUAGGAAAACCUGAACCAGUAAACCAAGAAGCCCCUGAAGAAAAGACAAAUGAGUAUUGUUGCAUUUUCCCAGAAAUCAACAAUGAACAAUUGUUCAAAAUAACAUCACUAAUUAUCACCGAAGCAUAAUAAUAAUAUGAAAGCUUAAUAUUGCCAUCAAUAACGUGAUGAUUACAUCUUAUAAAUGAUGUAUACACACAGUGUUGGUUCAUAGUUUCUCAUUGUAAUCUCAGUGCAUUUUAUUGGUUCAUAGUUUCUCAGUGCAUUUUAUUGUGUCAUAGUUUAUCAUCUUAAUCUCAACGCAUUUUAUUGGUUCAUAGUACGAAAUGUUUUUAUCCUCAAAUUUGAUAGUAGUCUGAAACACUGAUACGUCAUCAUUUUAAAGGCCCACAAUUUUCUUUAUAGGUUUUCCAACCUUUAUUAGUAAAGUGUGUCCACUGAAUUGGAACAAAAUAACAUUCUGUAAAAGAUGAGUAUACUUUUGUUUAACCAAAAACCUUUCCUCUUUCUUAUCAAAAUGUACUAUAUAUGAGUCGGGGUAAAAUUUCUACAUGAUGCGUUUUUUUGUUUUGUUGACUGUUGUGUCAAAUAUAUCCCCAAGUUAAUAGCAGUUGCCACCUUUACUUCUACAUUCACUAAAAGUGAAUUAUAAAGUUCAUGCAAAUGUUAUUCCUCAUUUUCGCUAAUUUUAAAGUAAUAUUUACAACCGGUUUUACAUUGACAUAUCGCCAAAUUGCAUCAAAUCAUUUCGCAGCAUUUGAUGCACAAUAUAUAGCCAUAUAAUUGUCCAGAUAAUACCUUCAUUCUAAAACUACCAGGAAAAUCUACACAGAAUAAGAGUUCAAAUAGAAAUAUCCUAUAACAGCCCUGUUAUUAUUGGAGUUAACCCAAUUUACUCAGAUUUAGAAACACAAGUACAUAGUUGUCUCCCACAGUAUAGGCUUACAGGUUUGUCUUUAUGCCUACACCAUCACAAAUGUGUAUUUUUACAUUAAAUGAUUAUACUGUACCAACAAUACUGUAAAGAACAAGUCAUUUUGCUUAACAA